UUCAAUUGGAAUACCAUCUCAAAACAUUUUUAUCGGUGUAUUGUUCAUAUUUGAUUAUCAAAGAGAUGUUAUCAGUAAAUGUAAACUUUUCAUCUCGCUCUUUUAGUAUAUCACAUUUCUGCAUCGUAGAAAAUUGUGAUCGGACUAUUAUGUUAUAAUUGAUCAUUUCCUCUGUAAUUCGUACAUUUAAUGCACCUGUAAGAAUAUUGGACUUCUUCUCAUUCUAGUCAAAAUAAAAAAAAUUAUAUAAUGUCCGAUAAAGAGCGUGUAGAUACAAAUAAGCGCGUUACCGGUAAUCAUCACGAAAAGCCGGCUGUUCAUGAAGUCAAGAGUGUCAUUCCCAAGCGCAGACAAGAACUUUUGAAGUGGAAUGGCUGGGGAUACAAGGAUUCAAAAUUCUUGUUGAAUUCCAAAUUAAAUCAACUUGAGUUUUCUGGAAAUAGGUAUCCUAUAGGCAGUAAAGUUUUACCAAAUUUUAAAUCAUGGGUUGAGAAUGUGUUUGGUAUUGAUUUAAGUGUUCAUUUUGCCCCACAGGAUGCAAUAAAAGAUGAAGAUAUACCGAAACCAAUUUUAAAUGAAAUGUUUUUAGAUGAAUUUAAGGAACUUGGAAUUGAUUAUACAUUGGAUCCUCAAGAUCGACUCUUCCGAGCACAUGGUCAUACUAUGAGAGAAAUAUUCAUUCUACGUUCUGGAAACUUUGAAAGAAUUCCAGACAUUGUGAUUUGGCCCACUUGCCAUGAUAAUGUCUUGCAUAUUGUCCAACUAGCUGUGAAACAUAAUGUUGUGAUUAUCCCUUAUGGCGGUGGAACAAGUGUUUCAUGUGCUGUAGAAUGUCCCCCAAAUGAAAGAAGAAUGAUUAUUUCCUUAGAUACAUCACAAAUGAAUAAAAUUUUGUGGGUGAAUAAAGAUAACAGUACUGCUCUUGUGGAAGCAGGAAUUAUUGGUCAAGAUUUAGAGAGAGAGUUGGCUAAAUUUGGCUUCUGUACUGGUCAUGAGCCAGAUUCAUGUGAGUUCAGUUCCUUGGGAGGCUGGGUUGCAACUCGAGCCUCUGGCAUGAAAAAGAACAUCUAUGGAAAUAUUGAAGACAUGGUUGUCCAUAUACGGAUGGUUACUCCUCAGGGAGAAAUACAAAAAAAUUGUCAAGUACCAAGAAUAUCUAGUGGACCAGACAUUCACCAAUUUAUUCUUGGUUCUGAAGGAACCCUUGGAGUUGUAACAGAAGUAAUAAUAAGAAUCCGACCUAUUCCUCCUUGUAGUAAAUAUGGAUCCAUUGUCUUCCCAGCAUUUGAACCAGGUGUCAAAUGCCUCAGAGAAGUUGUGCGACAGCAAUUAAAGCCUGCUUCCAUGCGAUUAAUGGAUAAUCUGCAAUUCACAUUUGGUCAUGCCUUAAAACCUGAAGCAUCAUCUGUGAUACAGUCUUUAAUAGAUCAAGUGAAAAAGUUUUAUGUCACACAGAUAAAAGGAUAUGAUGUUCAUAAAAUGUGUGUUGUCACUCUUUUGAUGGAGGGUACAAAGGAGGAUGUUGAAAACUUGGAAAAGCGGAUUUACAAUAUUGCAUCAAAAUAUGGUGGGAUGGCAGCAGGUGAAGAUAAUGGCAAAAGAGGUUACAUGCUUACAUAUGUCAUAGCUUAUAUUAGGGACUUAGGAUUGGAUUACGGAGUUGUAUCAGAAUCUUUUGAGACAUCAGUACCAUGGGACAGAGUAAUUGACCUGUGUAGAAAUGUGAAGGACCGUAUACAGAGGGAGGUUCGCAAUCAUGGAAUUCAGUUUCCGGCCUUUGCUUCCUGUCGUGUCACUCAGUCCUACGAUGUUGGAGCCUGUGUGUAUUUUUAUUUUGCCUUUGGUUAUUAUGGCCUUUCAGAUCCUGUUCAUACUUAUGAGAGCAUCGAGGCUGCUGCCAGGGAUGAAAUAAUAGCCAGUGGAGGAAGCAUUUCACAUCAUCAUGGAGUGGGAAAACUGAGAAAACGUUGGAUGUCACAGACAGUGUCUGAUGUUGGCAUCAAUAUGAUUCGAGCAGUAAAAGAAAAAAUAGAUCCACUUAAUAUAUUUGCUAAUGGAAAUUUGUUCGAAUCAAAUAGCAAGUUGUGAUUAAAUCAAAAAAAAAAAAAAAACAUUGUCAUUUUGCUCAAAAAUUUUGUUCUAAAAAAUCUUAUUUUUAGUCUUAUUGAUUUAUGAGUUUAGUUGGUGCUUUUUAUUUCCCCCUUUUUUACAAAGGCCAGUAGCAGUUUUUUUUUUUUUUUUUUUUUUUUUUUUUUUCACCCUUUCUGUUUAAUGUUUUGUGAUGUCUGACUAUUUGUAUGUAAAUGUCAAAUGUUAAAAAGAACCUAAAUAAUGGCAUUUUUAAAUAACAGACAGGGGAUUUUCCUGAAUGAAAAUGUGACAUUGCUGUGAUUGAUUGAGCUGUUGAAACUUUAAAAUGAAGCAUUUGCAAUAUUUGUUUAAAAUUAUUUUAAAGUAAAUAGUUGAUGAAUAAAUUUAUAUUUUUAUUUCGAUAAAUGUUGUUUGAAACUUAAUUUUUAUAAGUUUGAUUAAGUCUCUAGAAUUGAAUUAAUAUAUCAUUUCCUGCUAACUAUCCAUGUGUAUCAAAAUGUAUGUAUAACUUUAAAACAACAAAUAACAAUCUUUGCUAUUGGUAAAAAAUAAUCAUAUUUUCUGUUCAAUAGCUUUGAAGUUCACUUUACUGCAAGAUGUUCAGAUUAGUGCAUCUGAUUUGCACUCAGCCCUUUCUUCGAACUUAUUAAUUGACUUGAUUUUAAAGAUUAAAAGAAACUUGUAUUUAGUAGUAUUAAAAAAAAAAUAAUAUUAUCUUCAAAUUAUUCUGUCUUUAUUUUAGUAAUAAUGAUAAUGCUUAUUAAAUAUGAUGGUAAGGGGGGUUUCCCCGUUGGAAAAAGAAAAAAUUUGUAAUAUGUAUUUUUUAUAGUUGCUAUGUUUUAAUAUAUUUUUGGAAUUAAAGUAUGAAUUAUAAAAAAUAGAAACUUUAAACACAUUUUGAAUUUAUUUCUGAUAUUAUGGCUAAAUUACAAUUUCUUUUAAACAAGCAGUAUAAUUAAAAUCAUAUUCCUUUUUAAGUGAAAUGUAUCAUUUUUUAAAAUUUUAUUUAAAUAAGCUGAUGUUUCAAAGAAUGCAUUGUAAAACAAGAAACAUAUAGUAUAAGCAAAUUGCAUUUCAUAUCAUAUUCAGAGUCUUUUAGUGUGUCCCCUUUUAAGUAAUUACUAGCUUUUGAUGUUGCAUUUUUGAAAUAAAUGAAAAAAAUUGUUAAUGCUUGUAUUAAAAAAAUGUUUGCUGUUUUGAUCUUAUGAAAAGUGCUAUAUUUUUUUCUGGUGUUUUACUUUCCAAAAAUAAUUCAAGAAUUUAUAAAUGAUUCUUUUUUUAAAAUCACUUUAACAUAUUAGUACUGACUGAAAGGUGUUUUGUAACAAACAUGUAUAUUUAGAGCAUCACAAUGUAAUCUUAUGCAAUGCUCUUUUAUAUUAACUAGUCUUUUAUUUUAUUGUAGUUCUAAUCUAUUCUUUUUCUAUGUUAUUAACUAGUCUUUAUGUUUCUGUUUAAUUCUGAGCUAAAUUAUUCUCGCUUUAGAGUAGUCAUUUUUUUUUUUUU